UCAUGGAGAGUAUUUAAGCGACGUAUACAAUUCAACUACAGACGCGCCUACACAGGAAUCACUUACCCAAACAGUGAACAAGAUGAAGAUAUAUUACGUAUUUCUAGUUGUGGCCACGGUGUCUCAAACAGUUGUGGCAAAAAUUAGCAGGCGAGGUACUUUGUCUUGUUUGAAAUGCAAUAAAAGAGACGACCUGACCAUUGCUGAAUGUAUUAACAAUGGAGUGUUCGAAUCAUGCAGUGCAAACAAGCCAACAUGUAUGACUGAACUAUGGAACAAUCAAGGCAAAAUAAUAUUCAGUUCUGGAUGCAAACAAAGUCGGGCGUGUGCCGAAGUAGAAGCCAAUGAGCCCAAAAUUAAUCAGUGUGACAAACAACCGCUGAUCGUCGAGACCAAGUGCCGUUACUGUUGUUCUAUCCAGGAUGACCUCGCCCCAGGUGGUUAUUGUAAAUUUCCAGCGUGGAAAACCUGUGUUGUUAAGGGUGAUCCCCAUUUCACUACAUUGGAUGGUUAUAAGUACGACUUCUCUGGAUCAUGUGGCUAUACGUUGAUAGAAGACAUCGGCAACAGUGCUGGAGCGGACCCGGCGUUUAAGGUAUCGGCAACGAACAUGUAUAUAGGACGGACCGCACGUGUGGUUGAUGUCAAUAUUACAGUAGAGGGAUAUAUCAUUGAACUCGGCUCUGUCGUCGGGAAAGAUGAGUCAACAGUGGACAUAACGAUUGACGGCUUCUCUCCCGCAAUUACUUCAUUCCCUUAUAAAUUGAAUGAGGGUAGAGUGGAAAUAGACAAUGAAGCAGGGGGGUACAUGAGUGUCAGUGCACCCUUAGCAGGCUUGGUUGUCUUCUGGAACAAGAAGUAUCAUGUCGAGAUUAUGCUUGACACCACAUUGGUAAUGGAAGGAAAGUUAAAGAUUGGAGGCAUGUGUGGUAAUGGAAAUGGGAAUGCUCACUUUCAAGAUGAGUUGAAAACCAGAGGAGGUGAACUAAUUAAGGAUACAACUAAUAGUUCCAUUAAAGAAUUUGCAACUAGUUGGCAAGUUACUGGAACUUGUCUUUCUGUAUAAAUGAAUUGGAAAUCUACUACGCGGACAUUACAAGGUACUACAAUCUAAGGACGAUCAUAUAUCAUGCAAGGUGAUUGUAUGAAGAAUGGUGUUCCGAACUAGAUGGCUGUGAAUGUAGCAUCGGCGACGUAGCACAUAGUGGCAUAUGAGAAAACUUAUAUUGUGCAUACUGUACUGCUGUGUAGUGUAAUGUAGUUUUAAUGAGUGAUGAAUAAAAUGAUUGAUUAGAAAAAUCAAUUGAAUUACAUUGUAUUGCCCCCAACACUGCUUCUGUGCGCUCAAAAACUAUUGACAUGUGCAAAGUUAGUUGAUGUGACAUUAUUUCACUUUGGUAUUUUUCUGUCUCGGUUGUUUGUGGUGGGAGCGAGACUGUGUAAUACACUAAAAAUAAACAAUUGUUGGUUUAG